UGAGUCGUGUCAAAAAACUUGAAAAUAUAAAUUUUUCCCUUCAACCUGGGGUCGGUCGGUCGGAGUCGCGGUCGCGCAAAGUUUUCCUCGAAAGUGGUGCGCUGGGCGUGCGUUGGGGUCCGAAAGCAGGUGCAAGUGGUGCCCGGGAGUCGUGGGCGUACGGUGCGUCCCGAGUUGGCCGGAAGCGUCCCGGGGCAGGACCCGAAAAGUGGCUUUUUCCAUCCGCCCCCGAGUGGAGGAUCCAAGUUGGCCACACAGUGAUUAUUAAGGUGGCUCCCUCUGCUGCUGCUGCUGCUGUUUGAUGCAUGGUGGUGUAUGUGUCAUGUGUUUUCUGUAGAUGGCAGCAGGGUUGCUUGGAUGAAAGCGUGUAGGAUUGGGGAGCAGCUGCGUCUGUGUGCGUCCGAUCUCUUCUCCAGCGGAGGAGCUAGAGUUGAGCUGAAAGGCACUGUAAGAGCUCCGCUGAUGGCGUAGAAGAAGGUCUCUGGCUGGCUAAAAAUGUAAACAUGGCCGAAUGACAAGAAGAGCCCCCGAAAGACGACGUCGAUUCGGAUGGACGAACGGAAGUUAUCCAAGAGUGCUUUGUGCUGCCUCGGAAUGGUGGAUGCUAUUGUGAUUGGGAUGGACGAAAACCUAGUAGGCUGCUGCUAGUUUGGGUUUAGUGGGCUGGAUUAGUGCUACUGGAGGGCUAACUGGAUCGCGAAGCUUCGACUCGCUGGAGAGAGAUCGUCUAUUGUGCAAUAUUGUUACCGCAUAGCGGAUUCCUAGCCUAGAGCAAUCCGAAAACCAAGUGUUUCAAGCGUUGGGUUCCACACAAAUAGUCUAAGGAAUAGGAGAGAAGAUCUACAUGACCACAGCCUACUGUGCACAUUAGGGCCGCGCACAAUUUUCGCAAAGCUCCAGCUUGGGCCCCAAAAUGGUUCUUCAUUUGUAUUCAGAUCAACCGCUAGCCGGAAAAUGAAUCUCGGUCUAUGGGGAUGCUUGGUGCCCUGUGGACUGCAAUACUGGUGCGAGAGUAAAAGCGAUACAUGCAUUACGGAGAUGGGGGCGACGGCGUCUACUGAUUGCCCCGGAGCGGGAGGAGGCGGUGGGUCCACCGGAGGCGUUCCGGGUUUGACGGGAGCGAUAACGACGGCGGGGGCAGGUGCUACGACCACCACGACGCCCUUGACCGGGUUGGGACCGUACGGGCCGGUUGGGGGACCGGGCGUGAUUGUCCGCGAGCGGCGGAAAAAGGUGACCGGAUUUGCGACGUUGAAGAAAAAGUUGAUCCGGCGGCGUCGCUCAUCGAAGGCGUGCGACCAUGGCCGGGUUCUGCGCGAGUUCGUGUCCAGCUGGAGUCCGAUGGAGCUGUCGGCCCUGCUGGAAGAGUACGAGUCGUUGGCCGCGUUGAAGGAUCUGUCGGUGCAGGCAGAGCUGGCCCGGCCACCGGCGACCACCUUCAAGCAGGACUUGGCCAGCCUGUACGACUACAAACACUGCACCGACUGUGAUUUGGUGUUUCGGGGAACCGUAUUUCCGGUGCACCGUGCACUACUGUCCGCACGAUGUCCGUACUUCCGGGACCUGCUGGCCGGCUGUCCGGGUUACGGCGCACGGAUCUGUCUGGAACUGCGCUCCUCACCGGUGGACGUUCCGAUGUUUUCGUCGCUGCUGAGAUAUCUGUAUACAGGAGAUUUAUGUACACACGAUCCGACCAUAGAUGUAAGUCUGCUACGUAGAUUAGGAGAGGACUUUGGUACGCCGAAUCCGCUGGAGAAUGACCUGCGUUACCUGCUGGAGACGGGCGAUUACGCCGAUGCCGCCAUAGUGUUCACCUCGGAGGGCGGUGACUACCAUCGACCCGAUUCCGGCAGUUCCGAGUACGGUUUCCGGCCAAAGCUCGAACUGCCCUGCCACAAAGCGAUCCUCAGCGCGCGAUCGCCGUUCUUCAAGAACAUGAUCCAGCGGCGGAUACGCAACGUCAACGAGGAACAUCAGCUGCACGGCACGGACCGAUCGCUGCACGUGCCCACGCGGAUCGUCCUGGACGAGAGCGUCAUUCCGAAGCGGUAUGCCCGAGUUCUGCUGCACGCCAUCUAUCUGGACACCGUCGAUCUGUCGUUGAUCUUGCGAGGCAACGGGUGUGGCGUUGGCGCUGGAAGUCUCGGCGAGGUUCAGGCACUCACGCACACAGGCCGUACGAGGCCAUCACCGCUCGAGGAAGCAAUGGAGCUGUAUCAGAUCGGACGCUUCCUCGAGCUGGACAUUCUCGCCCAGGGUUGCGAAGAUCUGAUCCUGGAGUGGCUCUCGCUGGACACGUUGGCCACCGUCCUGCGCUGGGGCGGCCAACCGCACGGAUCGGCUUGGGUUUAUCGUCAAGCUUGCCACUAUUUGCGCGAGGAGUUCUCGGCCAUCGUGGGAUCACCGGUGCUGUUCCAGCUGGACAAGUCCCAGAUUAUCGAAGCCCUUCAAAACAACUUCUUGCAGGCGUCCGAGCUGGAAGUGCUACAGGCUGUGCUAAAAUGGGGCGAGCAGGAACUCAUCCGACGGAUGGAAGAUCGCGAGCCGAACCUGCUGAGCCACACGGCCCAUUCGGUGACCCGCAAGGGCAUCAAGAAGCGAGACCUGAGUGACGUAGAACUACGCGAAAUUCUGUCGGAACUGUUGCCACACGUUCGCAUGGACCACGUGCUGCCACCGAGCAACGAGAUCCUGAAUCAAGCGAUCCGACGCGGUCUGGUCAGCACUCCACCGUCGCACAUGAUCGGCGAUGAUCGCGAAAGUCUGCGGAUCAACGCGUGGAUCCGAGGUGGCAAGAAUCACGGCCUGUUCGUGCGACCUCGUCUCUUUAUGCCGUACUACGAAGAGGUUAAAGUGCUCCUCGAGGACCACAUCGCGUCGCAGCAGGUCGAAAUGCUGCGGAUGCGACGAUCACGCCACAUGCCGGACAUUCCGGACACGCUGUACAUGGUUUCCCGAUUGAACAGCAACGCCAGCGGGAACAUUGGCACAGGAAAUGGAGCGGCGGGUGUGGAUGUAGUCGCUGCGGCUGCCGCUUCCAUCCCAGCUCCGGACGCCGCCGCCAUGGAGGCCAUGCAAAAGCGGGAACAAAAGCUGCGGCAGGUGCCGAGCUGUCAACGAGCGCUCACGCUACCACUGUCGAGUCGGCACGAAAUCAACCGACAGAUCCGGCUACGCGUCGUGCGCGAGUUCAACUUCCCCGACGAGGUCGCUGAACUGCUGGAGAACUCCAACUGCUACUGCCUGGACGCCGGAGACGGUUCCACACCCAAGGCCCAGGACGGAGUGGGCAGUUUGCGCGCGAGCAAUCAAUCACUGGACGAGGACACAACUCCGCCACCCUCGCCGGCCCUUCCAAGCGAUAUUAUUCCUCAAAACGUUGGCUGCUACGGCGUCGGUGGACGCGGCAACAUGACAUUCCCUCGACAGCAGGCAGCUUCGUCACAGAUGCUACCCUCGCAGCCAGGCAUGGGACAUUCCGGAGCGGGAGCGCUGCACGUGCCACAGGGUGGCAUCGGUGGCAUGCUCGGCCCGAGUCCCAGCAUCAUCGGAACCCAUCGACGGCAGGAGCUGCCCUCGUUGAUCCCCGGCGGAGAUGUGGUCGCGUAUCGACUGUCUGCCCCGGCCGGAGAUCAUCACGGUGGGGUUGGGGGAGGUGCCGAAGGUGGUGGCGGAGCGUGCUCCGAGGGACACCUGUCGGACAUUAUGCCCGACGUGGCCAUGGCCACGGCCUCGCUCGGCACGCUACAGCUGGGAGAAAUGCCCGAGAGUCUGCAUCUGGAUCUGGGCGACGGACCAAGUCACAUGAUCGGCGCUGCAGCCGCCAUGGGGUUGCACAAUCUGCAGCAUCAUCGAAUGGCGACGCCCUCGCCGAGCAACUUUCACCACUACAUGACCCGUGGCCAUCCGGUGGCGCCUCCGUCCGUGGCGGCGGCGGCGGCCGGCUCGAUGCUGGACCGUGGCGAUGGCCCUAGCGGAUUGGGGCGCAACGUCGGUAGCGGCGGCGGCAUAGGAGGAAGCCUUGGAGGGCUGGGCCCUGGCGGAGGGGGAGGAGGAGGGGGACCCGGCGGGCGGUCCAACUCGCCGUACACGUUACACCGUUCCGGGCCGAGUCCGGGCCUGCCGCACAGCUCAUAUCAUACCGGGCCCCGGUUAUAGAGACGGCUGCAAGUAUUCCCCGACAGGCGCCAGCUGUUCAGUCUGCCUUUCUGAGCAGGAGGUUCAAGUGUGUGAGUGAGAGGGUGUGUAAGAGCGAGAGAGAACGCGAAUGUUUAGUUAAUCGAAUUAACUAAAUUAAAAAAAAUAUACAGCAACAAAAGAAAAAAAAAUAGUAGCAGUGAAACAAAAAAUACAAACUAAUACACGAGAAAAAAGAAUUACAGCAAAUACAUAGAUAUUUGAAUUAAGAGUUAAGUAUUUCAUUAAUAACAACAACAAAAAAUACAGCAAGUAAACCUACUCGACAAGGAUAUGAAAGUAAUAAUAGUACUAUAAAAAAAACAAAAACACAAACACGACACACAACACAAACAAAAAUAGCGAAAAGAAAACUAAACAAAAAACAAAACAAGUAAGAAUAAUAAUCGAAGACUUUUAUAUUUUACGAAUAACACAAACUAAACAAAACAAGAAAGGAACCCACUGAAGAAAAAAACAAAAAAGGAAAUGUGUUGAAUAGAAGAGGAGAAAAAAAAGAGAGUGGGACGCAAAGAAAACAAACUCCGGCUUGUGUCUGUAAACAACGUAGUGGUCAAUCGAACAUAUUUUUUUGUAUUCGUUAUCUUUCACGUGCGAAAGAGCGAGAGGACUGACUGAACGUGAAUGUGCGUGACUUUGUUUGUGUGUGAAAUUUACUGUGUUAUGUUUAGAAAGUAGGCGGUGCCUUUCAUAUUUAUUUUUCUCUGUUACUUUUUAGCAGACUCUUACUCUUUAAACAUCUUUUAUUUUUUGUCGUCGUAUUAAGAUAAAGUUUUAUCGCUAUUUAUUGAUAUUUUUUCAUGCUCCCUGUUUUUAUAAUAGGCAAUUUUCAUAAUUUUUUAAAAGCCCUUAGUUUUAUUAGCAGUUUUUGUGCGAAAGAAUGUUUUUUUUUAAACUUUGUUCACUUUCAAAGAGUGUGCACGAAGAAGCGAGUGUGAUGAAACAAAUUUCAUGUUUUCGAAUAUUCGUCAGAAAAGGAAAGAAGGUAAAAAAAACUCGUAAACAACAAAACUGUAUCGUACGUGUAUGUAAAAAUGACUAUUCUAUAAUCGAGUAACGUUUCAUCAAUCCACAGAAGAUUUGCGAAGGGGAAAUCCAACACAAUUUAAGAAGAUCGAAUACUAAUUAGAAAAACAAGAGCGAUGUGUACAGUGAGGAAGGGAGAAGGCAGCAAAUUCCAACCCAGAGGCUCAGGCAUGCAAAAUCUAGAGAAAGAAAAAUGUGAGAAACGAUAAUAACCAGUGGAAAUUUAAUCCCAAUUAAAAGGGGAAGAAACAAAAUCAAGAAAUGCUUCAGUUGUGUCUCAAUUCGAAUAGAAAUGUUCUCAUUUGUGAAACGAAAACCUUUCAAAAUUAAAGUCUUUUUCAAGAUUUCUGUUGAAUCAACAAAUAUGACAAAACCAAAAAAGAAAAACUCACACACACAAAAAACAAACAAAAAAAGAAAAGCUGCCAAUCGCUGAAACUCGUGCGAAGUUACACACAAACAUAAACCGAAUCGAAUAAAACUUGUGUAAAAAAAUUAAUACUACCGAAGAGUGGAUCAAGCAUGUCGACAAACAAUAGAGGAAGAGAGAUGCAAAACAAGUAAAAGAAUAAAACUGUGGGAAACAAAAGUUGGUGUGUUGUGAGCGGCGGGAGACAAAGGAAAGGAAGAUGAGCGAUAAAAUCACAUAGAAUGAAACAAAACAAAAAAAAAAUCACGGAGAAAGUCGUACAUACAAUAUAAUUACCAUAUUAAAAAUGGAAACAAAACAAAAACACAUAAUAAUUAUUAAUAACAAUUAGUGAAAAAAAAAAAACAACAAAGAAAAGAAGGAAACAAGCAAAAAAAUCUUAACUGAUGGAACA